CUGCGUGUUUUUAAGCUGGCCCGCUCCUGGCCGACCCUCAACACGCUCAUCAAGAUCAUCGGGAACUCCAUGGGCGCCCUGGGCAACCUGACGCUGGUCCUCGCCAUCAUCGUCUUCAUCUUCGCCGUGGUGGGGAUGCAGCUGUUCGGGAAGAACUACCAGGAGUGUGUGUGUAAGAUCUCCAAGGACUGCGUCCUCCCCCGCUGGCACAUGAAGGACUUCUUCCACUCCUUCCUCAUCGUGUUCCGGGUUCUGUGCGGCGAGUGGAUCGAGACCAUGUGGGACUGCAUGGAGGUGGCGGGGCAGCCGCUCUGCAUCCUCGUCUUCAUGCUGGUCAUGGUUAUCGGAAACCUGGUGAGUCUAAAUGAAAACUCGGGGCUACAGCGGUGGGCGGUGGGUGAGGCUACAGCGGUGGGCGGGGCUAAGACGGUGGGUGAGGCUACAGCGGUGGGCGGAGCUACAGCGGUGGAUGAGGCUACAGCGGUGGGCGGAGCUAAGACG